AUGACCAAUUCGGGCGGAUGGGAGCUUCAGCAGAUGCGAUGCCACCAUGAGCCAGCCAUAGCACGAAAGCGGAAGAAAUAUAUUUGUGACGUCGAAGCUUGUGGCAAGACUUUCUACCAGAGCACCCACCUAGAUACCCACAAGCGCGCCCACACGGGAGGCAAGCCAUAUGCAUGCAAAUGGCCUGAAUGUGGACGCACGUUCUCGCAACCCGGCAAUCUAAAGACUCACAUGCGCCGCCAUGCGGGGGACAAGCCAUUCCGAUGCGAAAAGUGUAGCAAGGGGUUUCCGCAGCGCGGUAACCUCCAAGCGCACCAGGCUACUCACACCAACGCGCAGCCGUUUAUCUACAAGCUAGACAAGUGCAACAAGAGGUUCACCCAAAGGGGGAAUCUAAAGAACCAUCAGAACAAAUACCACGAGAAGACUCUGAUAGAGCUUACCGACUGGAUUAUAUCCCUAUCCAAUAUCGACAGCCUUUCCGACGAAGACCGCGAGAUGUACGAGCACUUUGCCAACCUUUACAAGAACAGCAACAAAGGCAUAAAGGGCCGCGGCAAAGGUAGAAGAGCCAGCAACCUCAGCCGUGUUUCGAAGUCCAGGACCGCGCCUUCGUCAUACCCCGCCAAACAGCACCGCACUAUGAACCUCCUAUCGAGUGGGACAUGUCCCGAAUAUGGCGAUCUGCCCCAUCUGCACAGCGCGUACCACGACCGCGUCAACGACGAAGACGAUAUAUCCAAUUUCGCGAUCGCUCCUGCAAGUCUUGCGAGCUACACUGUCACGCAACCAGGACAAUUUCCUGGCCUUGGCGACGCCGACUCUUCAAUAGCAAGCAGUCCUGUGUAUGAUGGCUUGCCCUAUAACGACAAUCAACUGGGCCAUCAAGCGCGACAGGAUUCCACGCAUUAUCACCACCAAAACUAUCAGGGCUAG